AUGUCCGACUCACGCUCCGCCAGUACCCCCGAAGACCUUGCGCUCAGCGUCGGCGAGGUCGCCCUGUCCUCUUACAGCCCUGCGGCGCUCACCCAUCUCCGUCAGCCCGUGCCCAGCGACCUCCCGCCACAUCUGGACGCGAGCGUCUUUACAUUCCACGAUGCCUUUGAGGAUUUGCUUGCCGUAUCCCAGGGUCGUCCGCUGUCCGACAUUGGAUCGCGCUACCAGCAGAGCCGCAUGCUGCGUCAAAUGUACCCCCACGGCGAGCCCACCUGGCUCUGGAUCAGCCGUCUGCAGUCCCAAGGCCUCAUCGGCACGCCCCGCGGAUCAUCCAUUCUUCGUGCGUCGCAAGCAGGCUGGGACGAGCUUCAGAGAGGGCUGGAGGAGGGCGCAGACGCUCUAUGGCGCAGCAUCCGAGAAGAUCCUAAGAAUCGAGAAGCGGCUGCGCAAGUUGGCCAGGUGUUUAGAGAGCUUCGUGAGCAGUUUGGCGGCUCCGGCGAGACCUCUUCAUCUAGGUCCCUUGAGUCAAAGAACAAAAACGGCGAACCGGAUGAUUUUGACGAGCUCUACUCUGCAAUCAAGUCGGCCUAUGCCAAUGGCCAAGGCGCAUGGGAUGCGUUUAAAAGGACCAUGAACGAAGAUGCGCCGCGGCGUAUGGACGAGUUUGAGCGUCAAAUGGAAGACAAGUUCAAAGAGAAGCAGUCUCACGAUGUGACGGAGAAGACGGCCAGCAAGAACGAAAAAGAGACCAGGUCCGAGUGGGUGGACGUUUUUGGGUACAAACACACAACCAUCAAGCGCAAGACCUACGACGAGAAUGGCAAGGAAAUUGACUCUUCAACUUUCAUAACCAUUGCACCGGCAGAGAAGAAACCUUCGGAUGCCAUUGAAAAUAGCGACGGUAACACGAGCGACAAGAAAAAGACCGGCUGGUUCUGGUAG